GCCAGCGACGGCCGGGCCGCCACCACGAAGCGCCGCAGCCCGUUACUGAAAUCAUGAAUCCUGUGUAUAGCCCUGGAUCUUCUGGGGUUCCCUAUGCAAAUGCCAAAGGAAUUGGUUAUCCAGCUGGCUUCCCAAUGGGCUAUGCAGCGGCUGCUCCUGCCUAUUCCCCUAAUAUGUAUCCUGGAGCAAAUCCUACCUUCCAAACAGGUUAUACACCAGGCACUCCAUAUAAAGUAUCUUGUUCACCCACCAGUGGAGCAGUGCCACCAUAUUCUUCAUCACCGAAUCCCUACCAGACUGCUGUGUACCCAGUUCGAAGUGCCUAUCCACAGCAGAAUCCGUAUGCACAGCAAGGCACUUACUACACACAGCCUUUAUAUGCAGCACCACCCCACGUAAUUCACCACACCACAGUUGUGCAACCCAACGGCAUGCCAGCAACCAUGUAUCCUGCUCCGAUUCCGCCUCCACGAGGAAAUGGUGUGACCAUGGGGAUGGUGGCUGGGACUACUAUGGCAAUGUCAGCAGGUACUUUGUUGACAACUCAUUCCCCAACUCCAGUAGCCCCUCAUCCAGUUACUAUGCCCACAUACCGGGCUCCAGGAACACCAACCUAUAGUUAUGUGCCCCCACAGUGGUGAUCAUCCUGGCAGUCAGUGUUUGAAGAUGGGAGAUAUGCAAUCAAGAAAUUGAGGUUUAAAAGUUGGUGCUGAAGCCCUCAUGCCUCCAACCAGGACUUUUCUUCUGAAUGCUUUCAACACUUGGCUAAACACUACUAAUUCCUGAUCACAGAAGAUUUUUCCAGUGCUGCAUAUCUUACAUCUUGGAACUCCAGCAGUUAGUCUUAAAGCAAACCCUGUUUUGUGGACUGUCUUGCAAUUUUUUAGCUAAUUAUAACGAUAAAAAGGGAGUAUAAAUUUAUUCUGAUCCAUAUCUAGUUGAAUGCAUGUUAAAAACACAAAAACAAAGCUUGCUCAAUCUACCUGCAGUGACUGAUGCAAAAACCAUCAUAUGCAAAUCCAAAGGAACCGAAAAGUAUUUUACAACUUGUAUCACUAAUGCACUGUUGUAAUGUAUGCAGGGUCUUAAAAGGUAGAACCAUAGAAGUGAAUUUCUUUAUAGAAUACCACAAUAUACAUUAGAUAAGUACUUCAGCCUUUUUCAGGUUGAUGGAGUUGCCAGUUUAAAAGGGGCAUAUUUUUGUGUAAGUGAUGUAUUCUUUCCAAAUUCAACUACUAAAUUGGAGUGACUGGAAAGUGAGUCAGACAAGCUGUAGAAGUCCCACACAUGAUUAGUUUACUUCAUACCUUUUCAUUUUCAUUAUAUGGAUUCAGUGUUAUACAGAUGUUCUUAAGGAUCAGAAUGAAAUUACAAUGGAAAUGCUAUGUGUGCCAGUAAAUAAAGCAAACUUCCUUGAGGCAAAACUGGCUCUUAGGAACAGUAGGAGGUGACAUCACCUGCGUUAUGAAGUGCAUGUCCUGGGGGAGAUACAUCCAGUACUAUCUUCCAUAUGAUGCAAGAUGUGUCAAAGUGAGACUGCCAGACAGACUGAUAGAAAAACACUUUCUUUUAGUUCUCAGUUCAGGAAAUAUGUGCUGUUUUUCCUAAAGGAUGUUGUAGUCAGUUAAAAAUGUAUGUGCAGUUGAUCCAGCUUGCUUUCCUAAAACUAAAGCUUUCUACAACAAACAUGAGGAGUUCAGCUGCAUGUUAUUUUGAGGAAAGCAUGUCUGCCUGAUGAGUAUGUUAAAAGGGAACAAAUCAUUUUAACACAAUUUCCUUAUGAGCUACCUGCAGUAUGGACUAUGGAUAUGCUGUAGUAGGGCUGCCAGAAUAUAGAGGUUUCAAAUAGCUGGUUUUUUGGGUUUUUUUUUUCUCCUGAAAAUGUUUGUAAGUGAAGUAGGAGACAUUUGCUGGUUAUGGCAUUUUGAUGUCUUGUCUUAGUAUUUUCUUUUUUUACAUCCUAAAUUGCACUUGGAAGCACAUAAAAUAAGACUUGACUGUAGAUCAGCAUUUCAUUGCAAUGAGUCAUUUCUGAUAUUCUUUCUUGAAACUUCAAUUUUUAAAAAGUACCUCAAAGCAAAUGCUGUGGUGAUAAAGGGCUAGCCUUAGAAUCCAUUUCUAUACCAAAAUUGUUAUGGGGGAAAUUUUAAAUUUUUAAAUUUGAAUAUUGCACACAAAAUCAAGGUUUUUGUUAAACCUGCUUGACUUACAACUCCAGAAAGAUGCGAUCUUCUUUUUUUGGAUACGUUCUGCUUGCAAUAAAUUAUGCAGUUAAUGGUUAUAAAAUGUUGUUCCCUUUUAAGUGUUUCCACAGAAAUAUAUCAGGCUGUAUUGUUCUUGUAGGUUAACUUCCAUUCAGAAGUAAAAUGUUUAGAUUCUGUAUCUAGCUAGGCUUUGUUCUGGGGUGUUCUGCGCCUAUACAAAUUUGGCAGCUGCUUCAGGCUAGCAUCAGUGUCGAUUUACUGCUGCCAUUCCAGUACUCUGCCCUGGUGGGAGGCUUACAUACCUUCAUACAUAACCCAUUGGUGGUUAGAGCCUUCAGUAACUUUAUUUUUUACAGUAAGCACUCUCCAUAUUUUGUACUUCCUUUUUUUUAUUGUUUAAUAAAGUUUAGGUUUGUUUUGCAUGAAUCACUGUCAGUGGACGGCCCCCUUAUUUCUAAUGCCUUGAACAUAACUAUAUUGGUGGGAUAAGUACUUUAAACCUUACUCAUAAGCACUUACUGCAGCUUAGAGAUUUCCGUAUGUUUUUAUAGGGAGCAGAAAAUGACCCCAGACAAACUUGUUUGAAUCUGUUCUGCUUCGUUCAAGUCUGUGUAACAAUUCCAUUUGUGUAGUAGAUGUGCAGCUGUGAUUAGUCAGGUGUGCCAGAGACCACAGUGAACAGACAUAGGCCAUUUGUCCAUUUUUGCCUGUGGAGAGUGACCUUUUGUUGUCUUGGCAUGGUUUUAACAAAGAGCUGAGGAAUGAAACAGUGCUAUGUUGGGGAGAAGCUAUAAAGAACAAGCUCAAAGCUGUGCUGUCUCCUAUCUCACCACUUGAUAAACUAAAGCUCUGAAAAUCAUAGGAGAGAACUUUCAUGAGUGCUGCAAUAGAUAAAUAGGUAAGGAAUGAAUAUAACUUCCUAUAUAUUUGCUCUGACUUCAGAUUCCUAAAUGUCACCUCGGAACUGGUCUCUGUAUAAUACUCCAUAACAUUUAGGCAGUCUCACUUAACUUGAGCACUUUUUUUUUUUCCGAAGUUGCAUUAUGGGAUUCAUCCACAGGGGGGAAAUGGAACCUUUUUUAAAAGGUAUGCAUGCACCUUCCAGUUCUGAUCCAUUGUAGUCUACUGGGAAGGUGGAGCAUGUCUCCAAUUGUUGAUAUGGAAAGUAACCAAAAGCACAGUGCAAGGGGUCGGGGGGGGGGAUAUGUGUAUAUAUAACUAUCUUAAUGUUAAUGUUGCAAAUAGUAGAAAGCAUGGAUAUAAAACUGCAGUGGGGGAACUGUACAUCGUUAAAUAGGCGUUUACACAGUGAGGGUCUUAGGAAACAUUCUCUCCUGCUUUUUAUAUAACAUUCCCUGUUUAGAAUUCCUUUAUAAAUAAAUGCGCAGUAUGUGUUUGCACUAGUGCUCCUCAGCAAAUGAAAAGAGCUAGUGCAGUAGAGACAUUUCAAGCUUCUCUUUAAAGAAAAAAAAUUAAAAAAAGAGAAAAAAAAACACACAUAAAAAAACAAAACAAAACUUUUAUGGCAGCUUUAUAUGAUUAAAAUAAAGUACUACUUUGAACCUGGAACUGAAAAUAACUUGCAGCAAUAACAAAAAGAAGUCAAAGAUGAUUUUUUUCUUUUUUAAUUCGAAUUUCAGGUGUUGAGUUUAUCUAAAGUAUUUUUAAAAAACUGAGGUAUUCCCUAUGUCAGAAACAACAGAUAAGAAUGUCUUUAAAUGUAGCAGCAGCAAAAGAAAUGGCUAAUAACUGGCACCAAAAUGUGUAGCCCUAGUCAGUGGUGUGGUGGUUAACAAAACACUAGGAGGGAAAACAGAACCUACUACUAGAUCUUGCUUGUGCGUGUUGUAACCAUUUCCUGCUUGGAAUUUCUAGGAGGCGUAACGGAAUGCUGUUGAAGAAAGCUUCUUUUUGAGUGUACUAUGCAAGUUAAAUGCUUUUAUGCAGUGGUAGACAAGAAAAAAAAUCCUCCAGCUUAGUUGAAGUCCUUCCUUGUACUGCUUCAUCAACUAAAAACCAAACUACCACAACCACCUGUAAGUGCCACCAUGUCUUAGUGUUGUCUGAGAAUAGUUCAUGGUACAGAGUUGUAUACCAGGGUACUCAACAUUGACUACUCUCUAUGGAGUUGUGGCUUCACUGCUGCUUGGGCAGUAAUGCCACUUAGCGUGUCUGAGCAAGAGAUGGUCAGAACUGACUUGGAGUCACUCUUCUCUGCUUAAGCACAGCAUUAUACACCAUUUGUUUGAGUCUGGAACAUAUUUUUGCUUGAAUAGGUAAGCACAGCAAUCCAAUGCCACCACUUAACUCUUACACUUGUGCCAGAGUAGUAAAUACCACAUGUGUGUGAAACCUCCUAUGAUGGGAAAAUGAACAAUAGUGACGCUUCAGGUGGAGGUUGUGGGAAACAGGACAGAAGCUGUGGCUGUCAUGGUAAUUUGCAGUUGCUGGGGUGUGGUUUGUGUUGUAGCCGGUAGGAAAUGGGCAUGAUCCUUACCGGGCUGUCUCCAGCAGGUGUCACUGGCCACCCUCGGCCUGUGCCGAGGGUCAGAAGCCAUCCAUUAAUCAUCACCUCCGAGUGCAUGUGAAUACCUGUUCAAAAAAUGUAAAGGUUUAAGCUCAUUCAGAUUGUUCUUGUAACUAAGUGUCAGCUUUCUAAUCCUGUAUUUUAUCAACUCUAAGCUUCCUGCAGAGACCCCCAGAUAGGGUGAAGUAGAAAUACCAGUAAGCAGGAACAACUGCAGCAGGGUUACAGUAGUUUUGUGCAUCCAGCCUUGCCAAGAGUCAAGGGCAUUCAGAGACUUCCUUUGAAGUAGCAAGGACUGACUCUUUCAGCAGGCUGCAUUAUGCCUUGGGUUUGGGGGCUGUUGAAGGAAAAGGAGAGGUGU